AUGCUGCUUUCCCCUCCCCGCGCAAGUAUCACACCAAAACUUUUAUCUACGCGGUCUUCAAUGUCUGUGCAAAGUCUUGGGGAUCCAGUAUUGCCACCAAUCACUGGCAACAAAAUAAUCACGCAAAAACUUCCUUAUGAAGAAUCAGAAUUGAAAAAAUUCGGAACCGUUGCGUACACAGCAGAUAUAGGUCUUAUGAUGCAAAUAAAACAAGAAAUGACAAAGCUUGUUGGCCUUUCUACGAAGUUAAUCAAUGAUAACGAAGCAACACCAGAUAUUCAACAACACUUAUCACCAGUUAUUGAAGAACUAUCUAGGAACUUUGAUGUGUUCUAUCGAGCUGGUAUGCAUUAUUUUACACAAUAUUACAAAAUUCAGCAAUCAGCAAAAGCAAAUCAAGUUAUUAGCUCUGCUUCAUGCAGAAUACCUAUACAGACAUUCAACAUAAGCUGGGAAGAUACGAAAAAGAUCAUAGACAUCUAUACAGAAUCUCAUCCACCUCCACAUGCACAAGAAAUUCGUUCUAAGUUUAAUGGUAUACGUAAUAGUUUGACAUUUAUACAAAAAUCAAAUGAACAACGGAAAAAUCCAAGUGCAUCUCUCGAUAACUGCAUCAAUAGCCUCAUGAUUUUACUUGAUAACCUUUCAAGUCAUGUGGAAACGUUAUUUACUCAGCAGGCCUUUCCACAUUUUGAAACUGACUUACUUUCAUCAUAUGCAAAUGAUGUUCAGUCAUUUAAGAAGAUUAUUUUAACAGCAUUUUCAAAUGAGUUCAUUCAUGCUGGAAUUCCAACGAUUCAGCUUACACGUUUGAAGAACAUGAUCACUUCUAAUUGCAGUUCUAUCAUUGAUUCACUCAAAAUGGCCUUUAUUUUCCCAGAUCAGAUGCAAACAAUAAAUAAUUCGAAGGAAACUUUGCAGAAAUUACUUGAUUCAGCUAUAGAAAAACUUAGUGUCCCCUUCGCUGUUAUUAAACCACUUGACCCUGGUUCCAUUUCAAGUAGAGCUCCUGCUCCAAGUUUAUCUGUCAUAACAGCAAUGGAAAAUGCAAAUGCAGAAAGAAAGAAACAUAUGAGUAUGGAUCUUAUGACUAAAAGUAUCCAUAACUUCAUUAAAACUGUUGAACCUUUUGUAGGAGACAUUGAUGAAACAGAUAAUUUAUGGCAAGUUUUGGAUUCUUUGCAGAUCCCUGUUAUUGAUGCAUUUAAUCAGAUAAAGGAACAACAAGAUAAGAUCCAAGAAUUGAAAUCUCAAAUGAAAGAAGAUGUCGUAUUAUAUACACAAAAGAAGACUUUCCUUGAACAGAGAGUAAGUUUCUUGCAACAAUCAAUAGAAGAGAAACAGAAGAUGCUUUUGGAUUCUCAAAUGAAAUCAAAAGAACAAGAUAAUAGUAACAGUAAAUUAAAUUCUGAUAUAUGUAAUUUGCAAGGAAGAAUCAAUGUCAUGACGAAUCCUGGUGAUCCAAUUGAAUUACGUAAUUCUAUUCGAGAAUCUUUGUAUUCCCUUUUGAAUAUCCUUCAUCCUGAAGAAUCUACAACAAUUGAAGAGUCUGAUAACUCUAUUAAAGAAGUAAUGAGCAAAGUUGUUAAUGAUACGAGAUCAUUAUUCAAUGAAAAAUCAAGACUUCAAUUGAUUUCAAAUGCUCAUGAUGAAUUUGUUAAAGAAAUAUCAGGGUUAUUCGGAAUUAAUUCAAAUAAGACUGCUGAAAUCAUUGAAUCCAUUAAAAAAAUCAAUCAAGAAAAAGAUGAAAAAAUUAAAUCUCUUGAAGAUGAAAUUAAUAGAUUAAAUGGUGAAAUAAACCAAUUUUCGGAUGUGAAUGAGAUCAAACCAACAGCUGAAAAUGAAAAGAUUUUGGAUUUGGGAACAAAGAAAAUUAAAGAUUUGACUGAAAAACUUUCUAAAUUAAUCAAAUCACACGAUGAUUUCACAACUAUUGUUGAUAAAAACCUCAGAGUUAUUUCAGGAAUAUUAAGUUCCACAUUGAAAGAUAAUACAGCUGCAAGAAUUGAAUCAAUCAAAGGUCAACCAGAACAAAAUGUUGUAGAUUUAUUCCAAUUAUUGCAUAAACAAUCCAACUCACUUCAACCUUUGAUUGAUGCAUUAAUUGCUUCAAGCGAAGAAAGACAAAAUGUUACAGAAAUUUAUAAAUCUAAAUAUAAGAGUCUUUCCAACAGAAUUGUUGAAGAACUUAAGAUAGAAGAUCCGCCAGAACACUUAGAUGAACUUGGAAAUGCAGUAAUUGAUGCAAUUAGAAGAAUUGAAGAUCCUUAUAAAAUUAAAAUACAGGAUUUAGAAUCAAAAAUAGGAGAUUACUUAGUACAAGUUCGUAUUAUUUAUGCAAGAUUAUGUGCUAUUACACAUAAAGAAGUUAAAGAAGGCGACAUUGCCAAACUCUUGAAUGAAAUUACAGAUCUUCUAAGUAUCGUUCAAGACAAUUUGAAGUUUGACGAUUCAUUGACAUCUGUGAAGAAAUCUGAUUUAUCAUUGCUCAGACAGACACUCGAAAUGAUUCAUGUUACAUUGAGAAAAGAAGCAAUUAAAAUGGACCCAGAUAUUGAUGAAGAAAAAGACAUCUCAAAAUUAUCAGCAAUUGAAUUGACAGGUCGAAUCAAUAACUAUGUUGAUAUUGUAACAAGCCCAAGUUAUACAAUGGAAUAUGUCAGUUCUAAAGACAUCAAGAAGAUCCUUGCACCUGUAAUUGAAACAUUUGAUAGAAAAGAAAAUCCUCCAUUAAAUAUUUUAGCUACAACUCAAACAGAAUUCAUGAAGAUGUAUAACACUCUCAAUAGUCUAAAUGAUUUCUAUUCUAAAGUAGCAACAGCCAAGAAAUUUGUUGAUGAUAACGCUGAAAACUUCGAAGUUCAAUUCCCAACAAUGAUGACUGAAAUUUCUUCUUCUUUGGAGAAUGCUGCUAAAAAUAUCUCGCAUCCUCCUUUGCUUAAUUCACUAAUAAGGCUUACUCAAAUUAUUCAAUUCUUUGUUAGUCAUAUGGUAUAG